CGUUCACACCUUGUACUCCGUGAGUGUGUCGUCAGACGUCAGAACAAAAGAUACGUGAUAGUUCAAUACUUUUAAUUCUGAUUAAUCUGAUUCUCGUGAUUAAACUUCAGAAACGUUUUGUAGAAAAUACAAAGUUUGUUUUGCAAAAAUGUAAAAGCUUUAUACUACGGCCUUUCUGGUUUAAAGGAUUGUAUUAUAAUUGAUAAAAAGACAAAAAUUAAUUUAUAGAUACAAAAAAUAUUUGUUAAGGAUAUUAAGUUAGUGCACUACUAGAAUUAUUUAUAUAAAUCAUGUUAGUGACAGAUAGUAUUGAUAUACAUGGCAUGGAAGUAUGAUUAAGCAUGGUGAUCCUUGGUACAUAUGACCCCCAGUGUUGUCUGUAUUGAAUUGUGUUCAGAAUUUCGCUUCUCAAUGGAGACCAAUGGGACUUUCAACUUCAGCCUAGACGAGGCAUACAAAAUUCUGGUGGAGCACAGUAGAAGGAACACAAAUGUAGACAAGAUAACCGAGAAUGUGCUGAUAGCCGUCUACUCUCUCCUUAUAAUGCUGGGCUUGUUCGCUAACCUGGUGGUGAGCUUCGUGGUCGCCCGGAGACCUCAAAUGCACACAGCCCGUAAUCUGUUCAUUGUGAACCUCACCCUCUCAGACAUGACCUUGUGUGUGAUCUGCAUGCCUUUUACACUACUCAAGAUCAUCCGACGCGAGUGGUCCAUGGGUGAACUCUUGUGCAAGCUAGUCCCUGUCUUACAAGGAACCAACAUCCUGGUGUCCGUGGGCACAAUUACAAUAAUAGCCCUGGAUAGAUACUUCACUAUUGUUCAUGCACAUGAUGGAACCAGUCGAACUAGAGUGGUAUGCUCCAUCGUGUGUGUCUGGCUGCUAUCUCUGAUAGCGACUCUACCAAUAUUUUUCUACCAGGUGGUAGAGCCUUUCAAGUUUCAAGAAGUCGUGUUCUACGAGAUUUGUAUAGAGAGCUGGCCUUCUCAGCAGCUGAAGGUUAUGUACUCUGCCGCCAUCUUGCUGGUUCAAGCUGUGAUCCCCGUGAUGGUUGUGGGAGGCGUGCACGCUAGUAUCUCCUCACACCUGCACGCGCACGCCAAAACACAACGGGACUCUCGGAGAGCACAGCGAGAGUUAGCCAGGAACAAGCGCACCACUCUGCUACUAUCUGUAGUGGCUAUACUGUUCGCAAUCAGCUGGCUUCCUCUGGGUAUUUUCUCGCUCGUCUCCGAGGUAGUGGCUCCACCUGACAGCUCCCAGUCACUGUACUUGACCUUGGCAGUGUGUCACGUGAUCGCCAUGUCCUCCGCGGUCUCCAACCCCGUCAUGUACGGCUGGAUGAACUCCAACAUUCGCCAGGAACUGAUGCAGCUACUACCCUUCAAGCGGCGGCGCCCUGUGGUGGAAGAGGCUACGACUCGCACCGCCCUCCACACAAACUGCCGCAAGGAGAGCGUUACUCUUCUGGUCCACAACGGAGAUAAACAGCCUCCUCCCUCCAACACUGUUCUUACUGAGGUUUAGGCUACUAUAUAAUACCCAACAUUACUGUUACACAACAUGAUUCCCAUUCAUCAUAUUCAUCAAGAUCAAAUGAGAGAUAUAGUCUGCUUAUUGACAACAGUGACGUACAUCCAUUACUACUAUAUUGUCCUCAUUCAACUAUGGCUUACCAAGAAAUCAACUGUUGCAUGACAUUGCUCACUCACGCUCAUCCCUCCCCCCCCAAAUUUUGUCUGGCAGAAAGUAAAUCUGGUUUUUCUGAACAGGGAAAUACAGCACGGCAUCAUCAGUAUUAGUUUAAUUGAGAUUUGAACUUUAAAAUUUUUAAUAUGUUUUUGUCAGAACUUAUCAUGUGAUAUGGCUCAAAAAGUACCUCCACCAGAAAUAUCAAAAAGAGACAAUCAAUCUACCCAUUUCUUGAGUGUCUAACAUUAUUCUUCUACCAGAAUUGUUAUACUUUAUCUUAUAUCCUUGUAUAACAUAAACUUCACAGUUAUGCAUUAUUUUUUAAAUGCAAAUGUUCUAAUUUAGAAGCAAAAUUUCAUAAUUGGGUGCGUGAGUGCAUAAUAGGUUUAGAAACACUCAAAUACAGGUUUACCUUUCCACUGUUUAAAUUCUAUAACAUUUUCAACAAAUAUAUCACUCCGUAAUAUAAAAGGGAGAUUCAUUAAAUAUUUAAUAAAAGAAGAAGUUUUUUCAUGUGAGUAUAUUUUAAUCAUCGUCUGUCAGUAAUUUUAACUUUUUAUUCUAUGGGAUUUUCUUUUUUAUCUAUUAAUUUUUAAUGUUAUUAUUAAUAACUUAUAUCUUUAAAAUUUUGUUAUUGAUUUGAUAUUGCAUAAUU